UUUCUGUACCGUGCCACCAAGGACAACAUUUUGACCUCCCUCCACUCGGCAUCACCAGCACAACAUCAUCAGGCAGCACCACCUUGACGACGACAACAGAGGUCCAUUUGCCAUCCGAACAUCUACCAGUUGGCCACACUCUACUAGACUUCAAGUAAAAGCCGCUAUAGUCUCGCGACAAGAUUUCCAGUUGAUUAGUCCAUUCGGUUUCCAUUAGAAUCGACUUGACUUUUGCGUCGGUGGAAGUGGUGGUGGCAUUGGUUUCUGGCCUUUUCCAACCUCCAGUUUUAGUUAGUUGUUCGGACCCAUUAGUUGCUUUUGUUCUUUCCACUCGGCAAACAGAACGCAUCCAUCAUGGGGGCGGCACUAUCCAAUUACACGACAAUUCUGGCAAAUACGCUGUGCGGUGGAUCGUCUCGCAAGCUGAUUGCAGGGUGGUGGUACUCUAUUCUGGGUAUAACGGGUAGCCUCAUGCUAAUGUCCAUCUUUGUCAUGGGCACCCGAUCACUUGCUGAAGGUUUUGCGUCGAUAUGGUCCGCAUUGAUGCUGCUGAUGCUCAGUAUUGGUGGAACCAUGAUUAUGCGAAAAUUUCACAACUCCAUGGCGGUGGGUUUCUUUAUGGGAUCCGUCGUCGCCAUGUCACAAAUGUUCUUUUUACUCUUUCUAAUAUACAUUGGAUACGGCAAAGAUCAAUCGACACAAGGGAAGUCCUACAAGGGAGAAUCCGUCAUGAGCCUACUGUGUUUAGCCCAGUCCAUCUUAUUGGGUAGCUUUGCCGCCAUUUUGGGCGCCCAUCGAUCCGAAAUUCUAGACAAGCCAACAUCCUACGAAGAGAUGCAAGACUUUCCUUCGGUCAAUCCCAACCGACCGGCAGAUUCCUACGAUCCACCCACCCGUGCUUCGACAGACAGUGGACAAUCAUAAUACAGGCAGUAUAGUAUGAUAUGACACGACACCACACGACAAAAUGUUCGCAGCACACACACACACAAGAUGACAUAGCCUUACUUGGUAUCACUACUAUAACUCAUUCAUAUGCUUUCGGUAUAGUAUAGUACCAAUGGUAGUUCCUGCUUCUGCGAACUUCAGUACUACAAUGUAACGCUGUUUGUAAUCAAGUUUUGGUUUGAU